GGGCACAAGCUUUUAUAAAUGAUGAGACACAAGAAAGUUAUGAGUGGAUGUUACAACAGACAUUAGAUACAACUGAUCUUGAACCACAAGUUAUUUUAACAGAUAUGGACCCAGCCAUAGAUGCUGCUUGUCAAAAUAUAUAUAAUAAUGCUUAUCAA